UUCCGUGUGAGCAGCGGAGAGUUAAUUUCGAGCCGUCUAAGCUUUCCACGAAAAAACACGCCGUAAUUUCAUAAAGAAGUUGAGCUGAGUACAGUAAAGGAAGGAGGCGUGGCCACUUCUCCUGCCUUAACUGUUCGAAGGGACUGACGGAGGGAGUUCAGAUCACAUUUAGAGCUCAAGGAAGAAGGAAAUAACUAAUGAGAACACAGCUGGCUGUUUUUGAAUGACCUACAGAUCUCAAUGGACUGGGCCCUUAUUAUAGUUUUACAAGUGUUAUUUCAGCCCUCUCUCUCAGUCUUAUUCACUGUUGAGGCAGAGCAAAGCAUGUAUACGUCAGAGUUUGGAGAAAGUGUCGUGAUGGGCUGCAAGUUCAACCCUAAACCCUCCUAUCCUCAUCCUGACCUGAACGUGACCUGGCACUGGAUCAACUCUGACUCCGUUCAGGACGUGAUCCGGCUGGAUAAUGGCGUGCCGCGCUCGGAAUCUCCAAAGUAUCGGGGACGAGUGCAGCUUCUGACCGAGGAGCUGGCGGAAGGCUGGGCUAAGCUGAAGAUGUCCAGUCUUAGAAUCAGUGACGCCGGGAAGUACCAGUGUGUGGUUCAUUCAGCGGAUGGAGCCGACUAUAAAACUAUAGCCUUGUCUGUUGAAGCAUCUUAUAAAUCAGUGACCAAACACAUUGAGAGGGCAGCAACAGGUGAUGAGGUCCUGAUAACCUGCCAGUCUGAGGGAUACCCUAAGUCAACGGUUGAAUGGCAGAAUGGAAACCUGAAGACACUCAAUCCCAACACCACUGCUGAAUCAACACCAGACCAGAUUUUUAGAAUCACCAGCCAGAUAAAAGUCAGCUCAUCAGAAAAAAACAACUACACCUGUAAAUUUACAAAAGACGGCAGCUCUGCAACAAUUUAUAUUCCAGAUGAAAUACCACUUAGUCCUGCAAAAAGUGAUGCUGUCAUCAUUAUACUGUGCAUAGCAGUGAUAGUGGCAUUCGUCUCUGUCGGAGUGGUCACCUAUCGACGACGAAAAGGGUCCCACAAUCACAGCACUCACAGCACCAGGAACCUCCUGGAAAGACCUGCUUCUACCGCUGCUUCCCGUCUGAGAAGUUAUGACGACAACUAUGAGAACGAGAUAGCUCCUUGUAAUGAAGGCGACGUUGAGGAAAAUCUGGGGUUGAAUGUGAAAACACAUUACUCAGAAAGCUUUCUCAGUGCAGAGCGAAGGAAUCAAUGCACCACUUUCAGUGCGGAGGAGCUGCCUCGCAGACUGCAAAACAAUGAAGGCCACCCUGUGAAUCUUCCUGCUUUACUCCCGGGUCCUGGUGAGACAUUUUUCCUUGAGGGACUUCCCGGAAGCGGGAAAACAACUGUAGCCCACAUCCUGAUCUCAUCCUGGACUGAAUGGCCCACAGAUUCCCUUUCCAACUUCCUCGACCUCAGCGCACUUCAUCUUCUCUUAUAUGUUGACUGCAGCUCCGUGAAAGACGACUUGUUUCAGGAGAUAACAACUCAGCUUUCACUCACCAAAAAUAUAUCAACAGAAAAGUUGAGAACUCUUUUAAUCACAUCUGGCAAGGCUCUGCUUUUGUUGGACAACUACAAAGAAGGAAACCAAUAUUUCGACGACUCAUUAAGGAAGUUUCUAAGUGAACAAACAGGUUGCAGGGUGCUGGUCACGGCCAGCCCAGGACACUGCCCCGUGCUCAGGCAAACGGUUGGGAAUGAAGGAGUUCGAAAGCUUCAAGUACAACCUGCAAAGUACUGAGUUUAAAAAUAAUAUUGGGACCAAAAAAGAAACACUGUACAUGAGUUAGAUUUUUAACAAAUGAGGCAAGAGUUUUGUGUGUGUGUGUGUGUGUGUGUGUGUGUGUGUGUGUGUGUGUGUGUGUGUGUGUGUGUGUGUGAGAGAGAGAGAGAGAGCGAGAUAGGCAUUUAGAUUUUUUAUAAGCCCAGAUAUGCUGCAGAAUGUAUGUACUGCAUGAUGAUGUGUAUUCAAAGUGAUGCUUGGGAAGUUAUAGACGUGCAACAAAUUAUAAUUUUGUAUUCUUUGUUGUCUUGUUUGUCACUUUCAUUACUGUGCAAUAUGUUUUUUCAAAAUUCUUUUAGAGAAAGUACAUCAUUGUUACUGGAAAAGCUGCAUAGUGAAAGCAGUGAUAAGAAACUGGUGUUUGCAGAAUCUAUGAACGCGGCAAUUAAAAUCUCCUUUUUCAAUACAUGUAA